GCGCUUUCAGUCUUUCUCCAAGCGCAGAACCCCUCUCCCGCUUCCGUCCUCCUUGGAAGACCCCCUUGCGCCCCCCCCAGUCUUCUCCCCGCUUCUCUAGGGAGGAACUUGUAGUCCACCACAGGGCCGGAUUUAGGUUUGAUGAGGCCCUAGGCUACUGAAGGUGAGUAGAGAGAAGAAAGAUCAACCCAUCAUGGCUGUUCCCAUAGCCAUUCUUGAUUGUGAUCUCUUGCUAUAUGGUCGUGGGCAUCGAACACUUGAUCGUUUCAAACUGGAGGAUGUGACUGAUGAAUAUCUGGUGUCUAUGUAUGGCUUCCCACGUCACUUCAUUUACUAUCUGGUGGAUCUUCUGGGUGCCAGCCUUUCUCGUCCUACACAACGAUCAAGGGCCAUUAGCCCAGAGACGCAAAUUCUUGCUGCAUUAGGUUUUUACACUUCUGGUUCUUUCCAGACUCGCAUGGGAGAUGCCAUUGGCAUCAGCCAGGCCUCUAUGAGCCGUUGUGUUGCCAAUGUUACUGAGGCCCUGGUGGAGAGGGCAUCUCAGUUCAUUCAUUUCCCAGAUGAUGAAGUGUCGGUGCAGCAUCUGAAAGAUGACUUUUAUGGGCUGGCAGGUAUGCCAGGGGUACUAGGACUAGUUGAUUGCAACCAUGUCGCAAUAAAGGCACCCAGUGCUGAGGACUUGUCAUAUGUGAAUAGAAAGGGCCUUCAUUCUUUAAACUGCCUCAUGGUUUGUGACGCCAGGGGAAUGCUACUGAGUGCGGAAACACACUGGCCAGGCAGCUUGCAGGACUGUGCUGUGCUGCAGCAGUCAGCCCUCAGGAACCAGUUUGAAGCUGGCAUGCACAAAGAUGGCUGGCUACUUGGUGAUAGUUCAUUCUUUCUUCGCACUUGGCUAAUGACCCCUCUGCAUAUUCCUGAAACGCCUGCAGAGUGCCGGUAUAACAUGGCACAUUCAGCCACUCACAAUGUCAUUGAACGUACAUUCAGGACAAUUCGGUCCCACUUCCGUUGUCUGGAUGGGUCAAAGGGCACGUUGCAGUAUUCUCCCGAGAAGGCCAGCCACAUCAUUCUGGCUUGCUGCGUGCUUCAUAACAUUUCUCUAGAGCAUGGACUGGAUGUGUGGUCUUCCCAAACGAUGGGACAGAUGGAACAGCCAGAGGAAGAAUAUGAACAUAUGGAAUCACUUGACUCUGAAGCUGAUCGAGUUCGUCAGGAAUUAUUACUCACUCAUUUUAGCUAACAUUACAAGACAUACUAAGUUGGACAUAUUAAAAGACAUGCAAACAAUUAUGAUAGAUCCUGAUUUUCCUCUUACAUUCAGCAAGAGAAAUAAAUGGGGAUGCAACUAUUGAAAUUGAAAUUUUGUGUUUGUAUAAUAUUUUGCAUUUAAUAUACUAUUUUGGUUUCAUUGUGCACAUUGUAUCUGAUUCCGUCAGUACUCAGUAUUUCAGUACCUGCUACUUUUUAGUGUCCAGCCUUAUUGGAGGACCAUUUAUCAAGGACAAUAUGAUAUGGGAGGAAUGCAUAUUCAGUUUAAUAUUGUAUUUUUAAGUAUUUAAAAAUAAUAAAAUGUAUCUUGUGUAUGGUGUAA